AACACCGCGUGUGGGGGGGGUGUACAUGGUGAGAUACGUGUAAGCGGAAAUGAACAGAUAGGUUUGGAAGUAGUCCAAAAAGAGCGAGCCACUCCUAUCUUGCCUCAAGAAUUCCUUCCUUUUUUUUCAUUUCUGCUCUUUCAGCAUCAUGGCGUUCACUGGGAAAUAUGAGCUUGAGAGUCAAGAGAACUAUGCGGAGUUUCUGGAAGCAGUUGGUCUUCUCAAUGCAAAGACAGACUACAAAGUGGUGACUGAGGUGUUACAGGAUGGGAAUAACUUCACCUGGACACAGACCACCCCAAACUGGACCUGGUCUAACAAAUUCAUUGUCGGUCAGGAAUGUGAGCUGAACACAAUGAGAGGCUCCAAAUUCAAGGCACCUGUAACUAUGGAAGGCGGCAAGAUUUCAGUGCAGUUUCCUGAGUACCAUUUCACAGCAGAGAUCAUUGAUGACAAGCUAGUAAUGAUUUGUGUAACUCCAGGAGAGAAGGGUGUGACUUUCAAAAGAAUCAACAAGAGGAUCUAAUGCUGCGAGACUCAACACGCUCCAGCGGAGUAGAGGCUGCAGAAGGUGAAGCGUGACAGCGUCUGCUCCAGUGGCACCAACAAUGCAACUCCUAACUGGACCAAGGAGAGCAUCACUUGGCUUCACGGGUCUGCAUUUUAAACCUGACUCAACAGAAGUGCUGAAACAACAUUAUGUACUGUAUGUUUAAACAUGUUUAUCUCCAACACUGUGCUAAAAAUCUAUCAGUGAAGUCUGAUUUUAAAAAUCAACAUAUAUUCUGUUGCUGUCCAUAAAACUAUGAUUUAAAUAACAAAUAAAAUACUGAGAGCGCAGA